AUGGGUUCUUGCUGCUCAUCAAAUAAAGUUGUAAAAGAAACUUAUGAUUAUUCAGAUGGUGGAGUAUAUUCUGGAGAUUUAUAAAAUGGCUUACCAGUACUAAAUGUCUUAACAAUAUUGAUAGCAAGGCAAGGGUUAAAUUAGUUGGGAAUCAGGGUGUUUUUUUGAAGGACUUUUAGAUCAGGGUAGAAAAAAUGGAAAAGGAUUGUUUAGAUGGACUGACGGUUCUUAUUAUGACGGAGACUUUAUAGAUGAAAAGUUUAAUGGUUAUGGUGAAUAUUAUUGGGCAGAUGGCAAAGUCUACAAAGGUAAUUGGGUUGAUGGAGAUCUAAAUGGUGAAGGGACAUUACAAUACAAAGAUGGAAGAAUAUAUAAAGGUAUAUUGAUAAUUCAUUUUAAUAGGCAAUUUUACAAAUGAUAAACGGGAUGGAUAAGGGGAGAUGAUAUGGCCCAGUGGAAGUAAAUAUAUAGGAACAUGGAAAAAAGGUAGAUAACAUGGUAAAGGAGUAUUAAUUGAUACAAAUGGAAAGAAAACAGAAGGCACUUGGAAUAAAGGUAAAAAAUUAUGA